GGUACCUCGCACCAAGAGUCAUACUGGUUACUGCGCAAGUACACAAUGUGUGGGGCAUAGUCGUCCCUUGGCUUACGCCUCCUGUUCAACCCUCUGACUUGAGGUCCAUGGUCGCGACCGCUAUCAAGCGGCGAGGCUCCUUGGUGGACGUGCAAAAGAGGCGGAGCGGACCCUCGGAGCCAACGCUACUCGCUGCCAGCCCCAACACCUUGUCGUGGCACUCGGCGUCGAGGCGCACGAUAGGGACAAAUUGCUGCCCUUUGACCUACCUCUUCCCCUGCGAACGGAAGGAAUAGGUUUAGCAAAAUGGCCUGGCGCUCCACCGGCGCGACGAACGCCGAGCUGGUCGCAAACAUGCAAAGCGCAGGGCUGAUCAAGUCGUCAUGCGUCGCGCAAGCUUUUGCACAGACCGACCGCGCGCACUACGUCAAAGAGCACAGUAGGGCGUACGAGGAUGCGCCAUCGAGCAUCGGAUACAGCGCGACGAUAAGCGCACCGCACAUGCACGCGUACGCUGCCGAGUCGCUGCAGUCCUCUAUCAGGCAGGGCAAGGCGGUGCUCGACAUCGGCUCAGGGUCGGGAUACACGGCGGCCAUCUUCCACCGCAUGCUUGAACGUGAAGGCGGACAUGGCAAGGUCGUUGGGAUCGAGCACAUACGAGAACUCGUGGAACAGAGCAAAAGAAACCUGAAAGCCGAUGGACUAGCACCGCAGCUCGAACAAGGCCAUAUACAGAUGGUCUGUGGCGACGGAAGGCUCGGCUGGCCGGAAGACGCACCGUACGGUGCUAUUCAUGUCGGUGCCGCCGCUCCGAACAUCACCGAGGCGCUUGUGCAGCAGCUGGACAAAGGUGGCAAGAUGUUCAUCCCUGUUUCAGAGGACGCAGUGCUCGGAAGGGGUGAUCAGUACAUCUGGGAAGUGGAGAAGGACGAACAAGGGGUGGUGCGUAAGCGUAAGGUGAUGGGUGUGAUGUACGUUCCUCUCACCGAUGCAGAAAGGCAACGCUCCCUUUACACCAUUUGA